AUGUGUCAACAAGCAGAAAGAAAGUUUUUCAUGGAAUACCUUUCUUUUUUCUUGCAUGUAACGGCAUUAAUGCUCCUAUGGUCUCCAACACUUUCACUAGCCACAAACGAUACCGAUUAUGUUGCCCUUGUGGCCAUCAAGUUGAGCAUCAUUCAUGACCCCCAACAUGUUCUUGACUCAUGGAACACCUCCUCCCAUUUCUGUCAAUGGCAAGGUGUUACAUGUGGUCGUCGCCAUCCUAGAGUCACCCGAUUAGACCUUCAAAAUCAAGGCUUUGUUGGUUCCGUGUCCCCUCAUAUUGGAAACUUAAGUUUCAUGAGAUCGAUACAUCUAACGAAUAACACCUUGAAAGGUGUAAUCCCACCUCAAUUAGGAAAUUUGUUUAGGUUGCAGGAACUUUAUCUCGGCAUUAAUUCUUUUGAAGGAGAAGUUCCAGCCAGUUUAUCAAAUUGGUUACCAUUUUUGUUUGGAAACUUUACUUCUCUUAAACAAAUAUAUGCCACCGAGAAUUAUCUAGGCGGAAUCAUUCCAAACACUUUGGGUCAGCUGUACAACUUGCAAGAAAUUGGUUUUGAAUCUGACCUUCUACAUGGUACGAUUCCUCGAUCCUUAUACAAUUUAACAUCUUUAAAAGUUCUUAGCGUAGCCGAUAAUUCAAUCAGUGGAAGCUUACCAAAUGAUAUAGGCUUGAAGCUACCCAAUCUUGAGGAUUUUCAUAUAUGGGGUAACAAAUUUAACGGAAGCAUACCCUUCACUUUUUUUAAUUGUUCAAACUUGUAUAAACUUGAGUUAGAUUCAAAUAGUUUUACUAGGAAGGUUAACAUAGAUUUCAGACAUAUGCCAAAUCUCAAGACUGUUUUGUUAGGUAAUAACAGUCUAGGGAGUUCUGAAUCUGAUGAGAUGAACUUCAUUAACUCAAUGGUCAAUUGUAGCCAACUAGAACUGUUAUCUCUUGGUGGGAACCACUUGACUGGAGUUCUUCCUAGUUCUAUAAGAAAUCUCUCAUCUCAACUAACAAUUCUAUCAUUUGAAUAUAAUUUAAUUUAUGGGACCCUGCCUUCGGGGAUUGGGAAUCUUGUGAUGUUAGACCGAUUAUAUUUAGGCACUAAUCAAUUAACAGGGAUUUUUCCAAGUGAACUUGGUAAUCUACGAAACCUUAAAUCUUUUUUCAUGGAUGACAACUUCUUCACCGGGAACUUACCAAAAUCUAUAGGGAACCUGUCAUUAUUGCUAGAGUUGAGUUUGGCAAAAAACAGAUUAGAAUGA